AGCGGAUAAUACAUGAUCCAUCCAUCCAUCCAUCCAUCAACUUUUCAAUCUCCACCGUUCAUCAACGAACGGUAGAGAUUUCCGGCAGUCCAUUUAGACGGUAGAUCCGCUGCCACGUGUGCCUCUUCCGCAUGCGCCAUCGUCCGCAUAAUUGCCGCGUCGCUUCCACCACGGUCCACGGAGUUCAUCGUCGUCCUCAGUCGCAGUGCCUCUCCCUCUCUCUUCCUCGCGCAAAACCCUAGAGAGAGAUGCAACGAAGCGCUCGACAUCUGCUCCUACGAUCCAUCUCCUCAUACCCUUUUCGAUCCUCUCGACCACCAAAACCUCAUUCUCUCCUCGGAACCCUAAUCGAUCUCCCCCUGAAACCCCACCUUUUCGCCUCCCGAAACCCUACCAUCCAUUUCGGGCGCCGAUUCGGGACGGGGGAUCCCGCCGCGGACCACGGGAAGGAGGUGGACGAGAUCAACCUCAAGUUCGCGGAGGCGCGGGAGGAGAUCGAGGCGGCGCUCGAGUCGAAGGACACCGUGUACUUCGAUGAGGAGGCGCAGUGCGCGCGCGACGCGGUGAGGGAGGUGUUGGGCUUGUUCGAGGGGCUCCUCGCGAGGCUCCCGGAGAGGGAGAGGGCGGCGCUGCAGCGCUCCAUGGGGCUCAAGAUCGAGCAGCUAAAGGCCGAGCUCAAGCAGCUCGAUGAGUGAACGAGGUUAGGGUUCCUUCGUUUCUUUUUUUGGGAAUUUUACGUUGGAUUAUGGUUUUUGAACUAUUUUUGAUGAAUAAAGUUGGAAUCUUUGCGUUAUCUGCCUCGGCAUACAAUUCAAUGAAGGUUAAUUGUUGUAUUAAGAGAUUAUAGAAACGAUUAUGUAGCAUUGGCAAUCGAAAUUGAAGAGUAGUUUUUGCAUUUCGUAAGGAAA